AUGGGACCAGAAAACAGGCAACUCCACCUCGUCACUUUGGGAUUGCCCUCCGCCCUGCUGCUCUGCAUCGCUCUCCUCCUCGUCCCCCGCGCUGCCCUCCACAAGAUCAACGCCAGCGGGGUUGUCGCCAUGACCUCCAGCGCGGCCGCGGCCACUGACAUCAUCACCCUCGACAACUUUGCCGACAAGCUGCCAAAAUGGCAGCCGGACGACGACAACCACCUCCACGCCCUCGUGGACAUGGGCAGCAACGGUAUCCGUUUUUCCAUUUCCGACCUGUCGCCACCCCGUACCCGGCUGCUGCCAUGCGUCUACCGCGAGCGCGCUGGCAUUUCGCUGUUUGAUGCGCUCACGGCCGUCGACGACAGCACAAGCGGCGAGGGGCCAGCAGGCAACCCGUCUGCCAUGAAGCUCCCCGCCGAGACGAUUCGGCAGGUCGCCCGCACGUUGGCCCGUUUCCGCCGCAUCGCCCUCGACUAUGGCGUCGCGCCAGGCCGCAUGGCCGUCUUCGCCACCGAGGCCAUGCGCCGGGCUGCCAAUGCGGGCGCCCUGCUCGAGGCCAUUGCGUCUGCGGCGCCGGGUCUGUCGGUGCACGUUCUGGCGCCUGAGGUCGAGACGCUGUUUGGCUCAACGGGUGCGCGGUCAGGCUUUGCGGUCGUCGGCAACAGCGACACUGGCGCGGGCGGGUUGAUGUUGGACCUGGGCGGUGGCAGCGUCCAGAUGACGUAUGUGGACCCGCGGCUUGGCCCCGGCUACGAAGUUGCGGCUGCCCGUGCUGGCCAGAGCAUGCCCUACGGUGCGGCACGCCUGACACGUCUCGUGUCAUCGGCCACGCCGCCCAUUCACGACGUCGGAAGCGAGCUACAAUUCGACAAGAAGCUGCACCACCUCGAUGCGGAGAGGAUCCGGCUCGCUGCAGAGGCCAAGGCAGAGGCUGACUCUCGGGCUACGGCCGAAGCGGCGCCAAAACUGGCCGACGAUAUGACAGCCGCACUUGCCCGGCUGCACGAGCAGUUCCCCAGCCUGUUGGAGCUCCAGAAGCGCCAGCAGGCCAACAAGACCAGCGAGGGAGGUAUCGAUGUCUACCUCUGUGGCGGCGGAUUCCGUGGCUACGGCAGUAUGCUGAUGCAGAACGACGCCGUACAGCCGUACCCCGUUCCGCUCAUGGGCGGAUACACUGUGCCCGGUUCCUUCUUCCGGGAUACGCACCGCAUGCGCCGUGUUAAUCACGAGCUGGCGGGGGGCAAGAUCUUUGGCAUGUCCAAACGGCGACGCCAGCAGUUUGCCGCAAUCACGGCCGUGGUGGAUGCGCUUAUUGUCGCUUUGCAACGGUCAAGCCACACAAUCCGCAGCGUCACCUUUUGCGCCGGUGGCAACCGCGAGGGCGCGCUCAUGAUGCGGCUGCCUGCCACGCUGCGCGAGGCUGAUCCGCUCAGCGUUCAUGUCGAGACGGCCGCGACAUCGUCCUCGUACAGCCGUGGUCGCACCGGUGACGAUGUCGUUGCCGCAAUCCAGUCCACCGCAGAAGCACUUCUGUCAGCCUUGCCACCACUCCCCUCAUCCUCAUCAUCUUCAUCGCCGUCACCAGCACAGCCGUCUUGGGCGCCGCUUCGGCCUCUACUUCCACUUUUCGCGACGCAUAUCUGGGAGCGUACGGGUGCUGACUCAUCUGCAAAUGCAGCCUUUGUGCUACAUGAUGCUGUGGUACGCAAUCCGGGAAUGCCGGGCCUGACGCACCAAGCACGCGCAAUUCUGGCUGUCAGCCUGUGGGCGCGUUGGGGCGGCGGUGUUGCACCUACGGAUACCCCGUUACUCGACGGGUUGCGGCAGCUGCUGGACAGGCCUAGUGGCGGCGGCGGCAGCAGCAGCAGCAGUAGCAGCAGAAGCGGCACGGACGAUGACGGCGAUCUCAUGUUCUGGGCUGAGUAUAUGGGCGGCGUAGCCGCUGUGCUUGCCCUCGUGUUCCCAGCCGGGCCGCCCAACGCAGCCGAGCUGGCAUCCAUACGAUUCGAGCCCAUGCUGUCGACCACCAAGUCAGGCAAGACAGCCGUCCACCUCGACGUAGCGGUGGCCGCGAGCCGCGCUGUUGGCCUUGACGUAGCUGAAGCGGUGACCGACUGCUUCAGUUCCGUAGGCAAGUCGCACAAGGAGACGGUCAAGCUCAGGGUGCAAGCCCAGGAGUUUUCCGAGUAA